GUUCUGAGUAACUGGUUGUGUCCCUUAGUAACGGUACUGGUACUGUUACUGUUAGGUGGAAUAGUAUUGAGGAGCUCUUCUGUUGUUCUCCGUCUGGCUGGACCAGCUGCUAGCAGGAAGGACGCGGCCAGCCUGGAACACAUCAAACCAUGCUGGUACUGGGACAAACAGGACCUGGCCCACAGUCCGUCCCAGUCCGAGGGACUGGACCCGGCCACUGAGGCUCGGUACCGCAGAGAGGGGGCUCGCUUCAUCUUUGAUGUGGGCACACGGCUCGGGCUGCACUAUGACACACUGGCUACUGGAAUUGUUUACUUCCAUCGCUUCUACAUGUUCCACUCCUUCAAGCAGUUUCCCAGAUAUGUGACAGGAGGAUGCUGCCUUUUCCUAGCAGGCAAAGUGGAGGAAACCCCAAAGAAGUGCAAAGAUAUCAUCAAGACAGCUCGCAGUCUGCUCAACGACAUCCAGUUUGCACAAUUUGGAGAUGAUCCCAAGGUCUGUAGCAAGAAAUCCUUUCAUCAGGACAUGACUAGUACUGCCUUGUUGAGAGUGCUGAAAGAGGAGGGCAUCUUGCUGCAGACCAUCAAGUUUGACCUGCAGGUGGAGCAUCCCUACCAGUUCCUGCUGCGCUAUGCCAAACAACUCAAAGGUGACAAGAAUAAAGUGCAGAAGCUGGUACAGAUGGCCUGGACCUUUGUGAAUGAUAGCCUUUGCACCAUGGUGGCCUUGCAGUGGGAGCCACAGAUCAUAGCUGUGGCUGUCAUGUAUCUGGCUGGACGUCUCUGUAAGUUUGACAUCCAGGACUGGACUUCCAAGCAAUCGUCCCGGCGCUGGUGGGAGCAGUUUGUCCAUGAUGUGCCUGUGGAGGUGCUGGAAGAUAUCUACCACCAGAUCCUGGACUUGUAUUCUCAGGCCAAGCAGCCGAUACCUGAUGGAGGGAUAGGGACUGAUGAAAACCCCCCACCACCUUCCAUCCUGCCCCCCACCACUGCCCCAACGCCUGCCAAGAAAGCCUCUCCUCAGACCAGCCCCAGACCACCCAGACUAGGUCAGCCCUCUCCCAAAGAUGACAGCAAGUCCAGUAAGUCCACAAAUCUAGAACCUCCUCCACCUCCUCCUCCUCCACCCCCUCCUCCUCCAGUCUCCAUAAACCCAGACUAUAAACCCCCUUCCUCCUACCCACCAGCCCCAGAUCUCCCAUCUAAACCCCCCCUGCCACCUUUACCCCACUGCCCACCUCCACCACCUCCUCCACCCAUGGACCUCCCCACCUCCAGCUCCCUGGUCUCCAGCGAAGGCUACCAGAAGCUCCAGUCCAUGAUGAAGACAGAGGCCUCUUGUUACACCACUGUACCCCAGGCCUGUGCUCCAUUGCUUGGCUACCAUCACUACCCCCCAGGCACCACAUCCUACCACACUCCACCACUCUCAGCCUAUAGCUACCUGCUUGCACCUCCUCCCUCAGUCAUGGGGAUGGCGCCUAGUUUGAGUAGUGGGUUCCCACCACCAUCAACUGUUGGACAUAAUCAGCUACCCCCUCCGCUGCCAGCUAGGAUGCCCCCAGUCAGCGGUCUGAGUCGGGGUACAUGGAUGAGAUGAGUACCACAGAGACAGCAAAAGGUUCAGAAAAGUUCAGAUGUUUAAAUGAUUUUAAAUUGUUCAAAUUGUCAUAAAAUCACGACAGUAAGCAACUUUAAUGAUCUGAACAUUUUCACCUUUUAAGACAAAGUUCUUCAAAAAAGUCUUCAUUACACAAUGAUGUGGAGCUGAUAACGAUAGGAAAGAGAAUGCAACUCAUUUGUGCCAACUUCUGUUUUUGUUCCAAUUCUGAGAAUGUGUACUUUUACAUAAAUCUGAAAAGUUCACGUAGGAUUUACUUGAACUGGCAGUGUUAACAGACGCAUUGAGGAUUGUAAAAUGAAUGUCUUCCUUUAGCGCUCUUCUUUUUUGCAAAACACAUUAUGUCAUAUUUGAAUGCAAACUGUAUUCAUCUUCUACUCGGAUAAUCAAAACUCAGUUAUUGCCUCGUCCUAUUUAAAUAUUGAUUGGAAGACAUGUUUUGUGUUUAAUAGCACAUAAGUUUCCUACUGUUAUAUUUGUAUUAGCAUAGUAAAGAGAACACAGUUACUGUAAAAGGCAGUUUUUUUUUCAUCAGUUUAUCAUUGUCCAGCCCAUUGUUUUUUUUUGUCUGAAAAAUAUCUUUUAUUUAAGGACAACCAUUUCAGUUCAGUUCACGUAGAAAUAUGUUUCCCUUGUCCACUUCUAUUGAACUGCUAUAUAAUGGCAUUUUCUGAAUUUCAUUCUUUUUAUGUGUAAAGAAAACCGUUUCAGAAACUUAAAAUAGGUUGGUGCCAAAUAAAAUCUGUUUAUAUGUACAGUAUGUAUACCGGUAAGCAUGUAAUGUUGUGAAUAUAUAAGCGCACCCUUUCAAAAAUGCUUUCAAUGUUUACUCUUUUUUUAUGAUAAAAUGUAAUAAACCAGUCAGACUACAAGUGUGUAGCUAAUAGUACA